AUGACUCAACACUGUCUGGACAACAAAGAGGGCAAAUGUGUGAAGCUUGCGAAACUGCAGCGAGAAGCUGUUCAGGCAACAGAAGGCCAAACCACCGCCUGCUGUGAUGGCCAAUUUGGAGGAGCCGGGCCGGAGCAGUUGACGCAACUAGGCAAAACAAAUACUGCAGUAACAAGUGGUUUCGGAUGCAAUCCAACAGCAAUUGGAGACCACAAUUACUGUCCAAAAAAUUUGCUCGAAAAUGAUGAUUAA